AUGGCUAAACUCAAUGGUUGUCAUGAACUCAAACUACUAAACUUAGGCGACAAUAGGUUUCCAAUUCUUCCGACGGAAGGUCUACAGAAUAUCACUGAAAUCAAAGUCUACGGCAAUCCUAACCUCAAAGACUUCCCACCCGUCGAGACAUUUCCCAGAGUCCACACUUUAGCCCUGUCCUACGCCUACCACUGUUGCGCAUACAUCGGAAGGACUCAUUCGCCGACAGAUAAUCCCAAAUCACUGGAGGAGUCCAUCGUAUGGCUCGACAAAGAAGACAUUUGGAACACGAAUGUGACGGACGUGUGGCCCGGGUAUGUGAACUUCUCCACCAAAUUUGAUGAGUUCGCCAAUCAGUUGUGGAAGAACUUUGGUCGCGAUUAUGUCAUUCCCGACAAUAUCGCCGAAUAUGCGGAACAGUAUUUCGAAGAUUACAAACCAAAUGCGGUUCUCGACGAAAGUCUUAUCAGUAGUUUUCCCGUUCAAUGUCUGCCACAACCGGGACCAUUCAUGCCCUGUAAAGACUUGUUUGACUGGUGGACAUUGAGAUGUGGCGUUUGGAUCGUGUUUUUGUUGGCACUUCUGGGCAAUGGUGUGGUUGUGGUUGUGUUGAUAUUUGGCAGAAGUAAGAUAGAUGUGCCGCGGUUUCUGGUCUGCAAUCUGGCCAUCGCUGACUUCUUUAUGGGUGUCUAUCUGGGAGUGUUGGCUAUAGUGGAUGCCUCCACUUUAGGCGAGUUUAAGAUAUUUGCCAUUCGAUGGCAGACCUCAUGGGGCUGUCAAAUGGCCGGCUUCUUCGGUGUGUUCAGCUCUGAGCUGUCGGUCUAUACUCUGGCAGUGAUUACAAUGGAAAGGAAUUAUGCCAUCACUCACGCCAUGCAUCUCAACAAACGCCUGUCCUUAAAGCACGCCUCGUAUAUCAUGUCGAUCGGCUGGACAUUUGCCAUAUGUAUGGCUAUAUUGCCGUUGAUUGGAGUCAGCGAUUACCGCAAGUUUGCAGUUUGUCUUCCCUUCGAAGUGGAGGACUCUAUUUGGUCCCUCACUUAUGUGGUCUUCUUGAUCCUCAUCAAUGGCGUCGCAUUCCUCGUCCUUAUGGGCUGUUAUCUGAGGAUGUAUUGUGCGAUCAGAGGAUCUCAGGCCUGGAAUUCAAACGACUCGCGAAUUGCCAAACGAAUGGCACUCUUGGUGUUCACCGACUUCUUAUGUUGGGCUCCGAUAGCCUUUUUCUCAUUGACGGCAGUGUCUGGUCUACACCUGAUCUCAUUAGAAGAGGCGAAAGUGUUCACAAUAUUCAUUCUGCCCCUCAAUUCCUGUGCGAAUCCAUUCUUAUACGCGAUUUUCACCAAACAAUUCAAAAAGGAUUGCGUUUUGUUGUGUAAACGCAUUGAGGAGUCGCGGGUGACUCGUGGUAUCGGUCGGUGUCGGCACUCAUCCAACUUCUCCAACCGACACACACCAGCCGUUUCCAACUCUGCCAUUGAGCGCAAGAGCACCGGAAGCGAUCAUUUGCCACAACUUGUCUGUCAGUGCGGUCUAAGGAAACCUAAAGUUUCGAUUGAAGAAAUCCGAUUAAUAACAAGCCUUAAGGCGUCCAUCAGUUGGAAACAGAGAGCAAUCGAUUGGUUUAAUUUCAAUAAAAGAAAUAAUUUGCAAAAUUUCAGUAAUGAAACCACGAAUGAGAGCAAUGAGUGCCAGAAGGGUAAGGAUAGGACGGCCGUCGGACGGGCGGCCAGUAUUUCAAGCGAUAACUUCUCGUCGAGAUCUGACUCCUGGCGUAACGCAAACAUUCAGUUGAAGAAUAUCGACAAAGAUAAUCGAAAUACUAGUCGUCAGGCCAUCACUCAGACAACUCGCGGCCGAAGAAACUCGUGGAAUAUCUCCAGAAAAACAUCGGGCGACUCGAGUAUGUCGUGCUCUCGUCAGGACUCGUCGUCGACCUCCACUUACACGAGUCGUAUCUCUCGAUCAUCUUUCAGUAGUGAUUCCUCCAGCAAACCGACCACCAGUUCCAGCAGUCAGCAGUAG